AUGUCGUACGCCUAUCUAUUCAAGUACAUCAUCAUCGGCGACACCGGCGUCGGCAAAUCGUGCCUUCUUCUGCAAUUCACCGACAAACGAUUCCAGCCGGUUCACGAUCUCACGAUUGGCGUCGAGUUUGGCGCGAGAAUGGUGGCGAUCGACGGCAAACAAAUCAAAUUGCAGAUUUGGGAUACCGCUGGACAAGAAUCAUUCCGAUCCAUCACACGAUCUUAUUAUCGAGGAGCUGCUGGCGCACUUUUGGUGUAUGAUAUCACGCGUCGCGACACUUUCAAUCAUUUGACAUCGUGGUUGGAGGAUGCUCGGCAGCACAGCAACUCGAACAUGGUCAUAAUGCUAAUUGGAAAUAAGAGCGAUCUCGAAGCGCGACGUGAGGUGAAACGCGAAGAAGGCGAGGCGUUCGCGAGAGAGCACGGUCUCGUGUUCAUGGAGACGAGCGCCAAGACGGCGGCGAACGUCGAGGAAGCGUUCAUCGACACCGCGAAAGAGAUUUACCGCAAAAUUCAGGAGGGCGUGUUCGAUAUUAACAAUGAGGCUAAUGGAAUCAAACUCGGACCGCAGCAUUCGCCGAGCUCGCCAAACUCGCCCGGAGGAAACGCCGCCGGUGGACUCGGCGGCUCGUCGGGAUGCUGCUGA